AUGGGUUUCUUGGAUAAACUGCGAAGUCGCACAGAACGUGCGGAUGCCUCCGAGGUUCCCGUCGCACAGCCGCAGUCGGCCGAUCCCAAGGGCCCUCAGGAACAAUCCGGCAAUGCGAUCUAUGAGAGCGAAGAUUCCUCCCGGCUGAGCUUGGAGGCUCGCAAUGAGAAGGAGGUCCAGCAGCAUCCGGAUGCGAUCACCCAGGAGGCGCACCUCGGUGUCCAGAAGGCCGAGGCCGCCGCUCUGGUGUGGAGUAAAAAGGCCGUUUACGCGACCUACGCUUGGAUUUGGGUUUGUUUCUUCUUGCUCGCGCUGCAGUCUGCGAUCAGCAGCAACGUCAUCAACUACGCCUACGCAGACUUCCAACAGGCGCCCCAGAUCAGUACCGCCAACAUCCUCUACAGUAUCAUCGGUGGUGUGCUCAAGCUGCCCAUCGCCAAGGUCCUGAACAUCUGGGGCCGUGCCGAAGGCUUCCUCGUCUUCGUCGCUGUCUACACCGUCGGUCUGAUCAUCGUGGCCGCCUGCAACGGCCCGGAUUCCUACGCCGCCGGUUACGUCCUGUUCUGGGUCGGCUACAACGCCAUCUACCUGAUUCUCGACGUCUUCAUCGCCGAUACCUCCGGGCUGAGGAACCGUGCCUUCACCUUUGCCUUUGCCAGCACGCCGUUCAUCUGCACGGCGUUCACCGGUCCCUUGGCCGCGUCGUCGUUUAUCAAGACCAGUGGCUGGCGCUGGGCGUAUGGUGCGUUUGCUAUCAUCAUGCCCAUCGCAUUCGCUCCGCUGGCUGUCGUCUUCAAGCUCUACCAGCUGAAGGCCCAGAAGAUGGGCCUGUACAAGCGGGAGCCGAGCGGACGGACCGCAUGGCAGUCCGUCAAGCACUACUUUAUCGAAUUCGACAUCGUUGGUGCCAUCCUCCUCAUGGCCGCGUGGGUUCUGCUUCUCCUCCCCUUCAGUCUGGCCAGCUACGGCCGCGCGCAGUACCACUCGGCGACCUUCAUCGCGCAGGUAGUCGUCGGCUUCUGUCUGCUGUUCGUGUUCGCUGCGUGGGAGAAGUGGGGUACGCGCCGGCACUUUGUCAACUACGAGUUGCUCAAGAAGCGCACGGUGCUGGGCGCCUGCUGCAUGGCCGCGCUCGCCUUCUUCAGCUUCUACUGCUGGGACCUGUACUUCUACAACUUCUGCAUCGUGGUCUACGACCUCAGCAUGGCGAUGGCCGGCUACAUGAUCCAGAUCUACAACGUCGGCUCCACCUUCUGGGGCGUCGUCUUCGGCGUGUACAUCCGUUGGGCCAAGCACUUCAAGAACAGCUGUCUGUUCUUCGGCCUGCCGCUGAUGAUCCUCGGCGCCGGCCUGAUGAUCCACUUCCGCGGCCAGGACGGCAGCAUCGGCUACGUGAUUAUGUGUCAGAUCUUCAUCGCCUUUGGCGGCGGCACCAUCGUCAUCGGUAACGACAUGGCUGUCAUGGCUGCCGCCGACCGCGAGGGCGUGCCCAUGAUGCUCGCCCUCCUCGGCCUGUUCAACAGCCUCGGCGGCGCCAUCGGCUACGCCGUCGCGGCCGCCAUCUACAGCAACGUCUUUCCCAGUGCCCUGACCAGCCACCUGCCGGCCGACAUGAAGUCGCAAGCCAACACGAUUUACAUGGGCGGAUACACGGCGCAGCUCAACUACCCGGUGGGUUCGGCCACCCGCGACGCCAUCAACUAUGCCUGGGGCCGCAGUCAGAUGUAUGGUGCCGUCGCGGCCACCGCGCUGCUGGCUUUGGGCAUUCCGUCUAUUGCCGUGUGGAAGAACUACAACGUCGACAAGCGGCAGAACAAGGGUGUGAUGAUUUAG